GGGACGGCAGGAACGGCAGGAACGGCAGGAACGGAGGCGCUGUCUGGCCGUCGGAGAGAUGGGAGACCCGGGGUCGGAGAUAAUAGAAUCUGUCCCUCCAGCUGGGCCUGAAGCAUCUGAGGCAGCAACGGAUGAAAACGAAGACGACAUUCAGUUUGUUAGUGAAGGACCUUUAAGACCUGUUCUUGAGUACAUUGAUCUGGUUAGUAGUGACGAUGAAGAACCUAGCACCUCUCAUAGUGAUAGAAUGCCUGAAUCUAAGGUGCCAUCCUCUGAGAAUCAUCGCCCAGAAAUGUGCUCUAGCUGCAGUCCUCCUCUUGCCGUUGGAGACAGCAGCUCCUCCUUAGGGAGUUGCUCCAGCAGUCCUCAAAGGAUAGUUUCUCCACCUUCCUCUGUUGAGAACCCAUUGGAGAAACAGAAAAAUGAUCAAAAUAAUUCAGAUAUUAAGAUUUCUGAUACAGAGACACUUAAACCAUCAGAAAAUGAUCAGAGUCUGCCUUCACCUUCUCUUCUGAUCCCCCAAGAAUCCUUGACUUCUUCUGAGGUUAAGGAGGAUUUACCUGUAGAGUCGUCUUCAGCUUCACAGCCUGGACAGGAUGCUAUCCUCUAUCUCCAGACCCAAGUGGCAGAGAUGUCCCGAGUGAUUCGUGACCUGCAGUCUAGGAGCUGUUUUCGAUUUCAUCAUUCUAGACCAAAUGAGAACUCCUCAGUUCCUUGGGACAUACCUACCUCUAAAGAAGAAAAUUUAUCCACCGUUGAAGAAGAGCCUGAUUGUAAAUCUCCAUCAGCUGAUGACAAAGGGCAGCCAGCUGACCCCAGCCAAUCUAGUUUCACAGGUCUUUUGAAGAGAAUGGAGCAAAGAGGUGUUAUAAAGAGGGUAACAUUGCAGUCUGAAGCAGAAUCAUGUGAAGGGAAACCUGAUUGUGUGACUUCUAAAAAACGUCUGGUUCCUCCAUUGCAUCCUCUCUUGAGAAUUGCCACUACUGAGGUUUUUAAAGACCCUGCUGAUUGCCAUCCUUCUUCCUUCAUGGGACACAGGGUGUAUCCUGUGGCUAAGGACACCUCUCCUUUCCAGCCAAAUCCACCAGCUGAGGGCCCUAUUGUAGAAGCAUUGGAGCACAGCAAAAGAGGAAGCACAACAUCCCCUCUUGAUUCUACCUCAAAAGAAAUGGAGGUCAUGGGUUGUAGGUUCUAUCAUGCUGCCUCAAUUGCAGCCCGAGCUGCUAGCUACAUGGCUUACAUGACUCAGUAUCAGCGUAAACUCUGGGAAGAUAUGGAGGAUCUGGUUCAUGAUCCAGAGUUUGAUCGUGGAAGAGCAAGAUGCAUAAUAUCUGAUGGUAUGGAUGCAGGCCUUUGGCAGCUUUGUACUACUAGGGACAUCAUGGACUCUGUAGUCAGAGUUAUGGCCAUGGCAAUAGACUACAGAAGGCAGGCCUGGCUCCGACUUACAUCUCUGAGUAAGAAAACUCAAGAGAAGAUCUCACACUUGCCCUUUGAUGGCACUUCCCUUUUUGGACAAGAUGUGAAUGCUGUAGUUGCAGAAGACAACAAUAUAAAAGAAAAUGACUAUAAGGAUCAUAGGUACUAUACCCAGCAUCGAUAUUUUUAUAGUCAUGAUCAGAAAGCACACUAUUACAAUAGAGGAUAUUCUAAAGGGGAUUGGUACAAACCCCGAAACCACCCAUAUAGAUAUAGAAAAAAGGGAGACUCUCCAGAACGCCAUGGAUACAAGAAUUAGUAGUGUAUUCAUGUAUAGCCAGUUGUUCAGGAACCUGUUUGUUCCUUCCCAUGGAAGCAAAUCUGCAGAUGGGAAACAUCAGAACUGUUUGGAAUGGUCCAAGGUGGUGUUUGGAUUCUAGACUUUUGGAAUGAAGAAUGUAAUAAAGACUCACACUUUUGGCCAAGUAAGCAAUGAGAACUUCUGUAAGUAGGUUUGGGCAAAUGUUUACCCAUGAUUUCUAAGAAGAGGAGGAUGAGGGCACUCAGGAAUCUGAAUCCUCUUGUGGUUAAAGAAAUAUAUGUAAAUUGUUUCCCAGGAAGACUUACUGGUAAACUGAGAACUAGCAAAUUUUGAGUCUGGAAAUAAAGUACCAGUAGGUCUCCAGUUACUAAAACCAGAAAUCUUCAUCUUUAGGUCAUCAGUUCUUUCUUGAUCAACUAAAGCUUGGCAGAUUUUUUAGAAAGUGAAACAUCUAUUACAGUUUCUGUCAAGACUAUCAACUCUCCGAGAGUUAACACUACUAUCAAGCUCUGUGAGACUUCAGUAUCAGCUAUGAAGUUUUGUCAACUGGAAUUCAAAUCAAAUUUUGCCAAAUCUACUUUGUAUCUAGGUGGAAUAUCUGUGUGGGUCUACUGUGGACAUGAGCUGGAAAAGGACCAUUUGACCUAUUACAUCUCUAGACAAUUUUCACAGUAACUAUCUUCAUCAAGAUUGAUGGUUACCAUACUAUCCUUUCAUAAAACUACAUGUCAGAGAAAUGCUUGUUGUCAUCAAUUCCAAUAGCCUUUGACUAUUCUGAGAUCAAAUCUUCAUGGUUUCUCAUCGGGCCUAUCACCAAAAUGGCCUUCUUAGACCUACUUUCAAACAAGUUAAUUGUUUUCUAGCUUGAUAGUGUAUAACACUUCAAAUACAGAAAGAAAUGGGCACCUUAGUGCCCUGAAAAUAAGGAUGCUAUCUAGGCAUGCAGCCCUGAACUCUUAAUUAAGAGCAGAAAUUUUAAUCAUGCCUCGUAGUCUGCUUCCCUACUGUAAAAGAGGGAUGCCAUCAGUCUGCAUUUGUUGAGAAAUCUUGAGAUUUAGAGAAUAACUGGAUAUAAGGAAAAAGAACAAGCGACACACUUCUGUUUCUGGAUAUCUACUUAAAUAAUGAUAUCCAUGAAUAAUUUUCUUGAAGUCAAGACUUCUGUGUUGUGGUCUUGGUUAAUUGAUUAUUUAAGCUACUCAGACUCACCAUGAGAGAUGACUUAUCUUUUUGCUCUCAAUAGUAUUUUUCCACCAUCUGGAACUAGCAGCAAAUACCUCAGUUAUGUUUCUGACAAUAUCUUCCAUUUAAUCUCAAAGCAGUGGCUAUAUCUUGUGUAAACCCCUUACAACAUGUUUUCAGGAAUAGAGAAAAUGUCAAGUUUAAGGGGUCUGAAUGAAUAUAUCAUCUGUUAUUAUCUGCUUGACAGCCCCCCAGAAAUGUUUCUAAUUGACAGACUUAUGAUUCGGAAGUUUCUUGAUUUGUUAAACACCUGCUUUUUAAAUCUUCUUUCAGUCUGCUUGAUCAUGAUGUUUUGGGUAUAUGCUAUUAGUGGAAUAUAGCACUGAUACAGAAUGUGUGUGGUUUUUGUUGUUGCUGUAGUUUCUUGCACAGUGGUGAUUGAUAUUUUUCCUAGUGCCCAACUUUUUGAUAGUUUUUGAAAGUUCAUAUCUGUUCCCUAUCAUAAUUGUGUAGCAGCAGCCCGUUUUAAAUCUACUUUCCUUUCUCCUAUUUUUGUGCCGUAAAGGUAAAGGUACCAUUUCCACCUGAGAGAUUUGAGAUAAACUCAUACUGCCAUAUUGAUCCUGUUCAUCCUAUUUGCAGAUUGACUGAAUAAGUGUUGAUAAAUCAUAUCCUUUUGCAAAUUUAACCAAGUAAUAUCUAGAGUUAAUAUUUAUUUUACUAAUGUUUUCAGAAAGCUUUAACUUUGAUUUCAGUAGGUCCACGCCAGUUCUCUACAACUGAACUAUAGGAAGACAUUGAUUACCUGAGGGCCUAAGAAGUAAUACGCAGAUCAUCAAGCAGACUCAUGCCCUUGAUUGUAGUUUUUCUUGUGUGAAAAUACUACAAGGGAUUUCACUGGAUGGACAGAUUUUGGAAACAUUUUAUGUGGCUGCACAUGAAUAUUCCUGUUCAGCUUGGGAUACUUUAAACUGUUCGACUUUUCUGUUUCUCUCCAUUUCUUCCUUGAAUUAGGGUGCUGUGUCACAAACUUGGUGAUUUUUGAGAUACCCUUAUUUUCCAAAAUCUAAACAAAAGUAAAUAGUGCUUGGAGGAAUGAUGUCUGAAACUGCUUUUGACGUUUUGCUUAUCAUUUUCCUACUUUGCUUUUUUUUUUUUAAAUUGUGGUAAAAACCGCAUAAAACUUAGCACCUUAACCAUUUUAAGUGUAUAUUUCAUUAUUGUUAACAAUGUUAUCAUUGUGUAGCUCCUCAAGUAUUUGUAAAACAAUAUCACUAUUUUCUGAUAUUUAUGUUGCUCAGUAAUAAAGUAAAAGUAACUUU